AUGGGCACCUUGUCCCAUAAGACCUUUGCCCCGGCGCCGCCCACGGUGCUGCCUGGCCUUGGCGCGCUCAAGCGCCGCGAGAUAGAUGCCCGCAAGCUGGCGAUCGCGUAUCCUUAUGCCGAUGGUGACGCCAAGACCACCCCCCAGCACUCGAGCCGCAGGGGAAAGCCCUCUUAUGUUGAAGGCUUCGUCUGUGUUCACAAGGACCCAGACCAGCCGCGUAGCUGCCCUCCACGGCGGCGGAUGCUGUCCUCCGUCUUGAGGUGGGCGCUUUCAUGA